GCACCCAACUGUUUUUGAACAGCGUUUAUUGCAAGACAAACAACAUUUAAUCAGGCCACACAAGUGUAGACACGAUCAAGCAACGUAGUGUUGAUGACUCUUAAAACCUUGAGGAGUCAACCGUCCAAUAAAAAAACCAUAAUCUCGACAUCCUGUGUGGUAAAAGGAUGUUUCUAAAGACUGAAACCCGUUCAUCCCAUGCGUUAAGGCUCAGAGAGAGUAGCUCACACCGAGCCGCGCGCUUGCACAUACGAGCAAUUUGACCGAUUUACACAUCGCGUGCGAACUAGCCGCUUCUCGUGACAGCGGGACAGAUGCUUCUCAGGCAAAUGCUGCCUUCACUGCAGGAAGUGUACCAGAGCAGCAGAGCGCAUGCUCCUGUGGCUGUCUGACAAGCAAGAGGAUGAGCUAUCUCCUGCUGUAAAACGCUCGGCGGGUAGGGGUGAUGGCGGCUGCUGAGGUCACUGUGUCUUCAGGGGAUCUCAUGACGGUGAAGGAGGAGGAAGCGGAGUCCAGUGGCAACAACCAUAAGACUCAAGUCAUCCUGCACCUGCAGCCCAUCCUGCAUGAGAUAAAUGAUGAUAUUGCUGACUCUGGCACGACAGUCUUGGCCAUAGAGACACAUCAUGACGGUAAAGCAGAAGGAGAGGAGAUCGAGUAUGGCUACCCCAUCACCUGCGGAGACAGCAAAGCGGUUCUGCUAUUUAAAAAGUUUGUGUGCCCUGGAAUCAACGUCCGAUGUGUCAAAUUUGACGACCAGCUCAUCAGUCCCAAACAGUUUGUUCAUCUGGCAGGGAAAGCCACUCUGAAGGACUGGAAAAGAGCCAUCAGACUGGGAGGGGUAAUGCUCAGGAAAAUGAUGGACUCCGGCCAGAUAGAUUUCUACCAGCAUGACACAGUGUGCAGCAACACCUGCCGCAGCACUAAAUUUGAUGUGCUGAUCAACAGCACGCGGCUUCCUCUGGGGACAGCAGUGCAGCCGAGCCUGACGUGUCUGGCUCUUGACCUUGUUGGAGGACAGGGGCCUCCUCUGACAGUCAUUUCAGCUGAGGCUGUGCACGAGGCAGCAGAGGUAAAGGAGCUUGCGGAAGAAAAAUUUAGUGCAACAGCGAAGAUGAGCCCAUGUCCAGCCCGAGAUGUAAAUCAAACAACCGCCAAUGGACAUGCUGCAAAGAGAAAGAGGGCUGAUACACCUGAUGAAGUACUGGGCCUGUGGAGGGGUGUGGCAGACGCAGGGCUGAUGGGAGAGGUCCUAUCCAGUCUCCAGACUGAUUUAUUAGCCACUCUUAGAGGAGUGGAGGUUCGCAGUGAAAAGGCCAACCUGCAGGAGAACGAUGCCAUCAUUCUCAAUUCCUUGUGUAAGAUGUUCGGCCUUUUAGACUCAGUGAAACAAGCUCUGGACCUGAAGCAUCCUGUCAAAACGAAGACAGUAACCCAGCCUUUAUCUGCUGCACCACACGCUCAGCUCACCAUCAACCCUCAGCUUUUCAACUAUUUCCCUGCCUCCACUGGCCAGCGUCACCAUGCUGAAGCUGUCAGGAUGGACAGGGACGGCCAUGAUACCACCCUGGAGAGGGAGUGUGAGCUUGGCAAGCUGGGACAGGAAGGCGUGGAGGGAGAACACCCCUCAGGGGUCCAUAAAAAACCUGCACAAAGGACGGUUAAAUAUCAAGACCCUCACCUUAGAAGUGAGGACUUGGAGGAGAAAGAGGGCUUGUGUGACAUUCAAAAAGUGGUUAUAGGAAGAAAGUCAUCUAAGAAACAUAAAAGCAAGUGAGGGAGCGAUAGAAACGACCCCAAAGAGAUGCUGCGCUAAAUGAGGGCUUUUGCCUGAGAGCUGCAGACUAAACAAUGUUCAAGUCAAAUGACUUUUUUCUUGUAUUUUCAUAUAAAUAUAUGCAUACUGCAGUAACUGCAAGUGUUACAUGCUCAGAUUUGCUAACUGAAGAUGUGAUGACAUUAUGUGAUGAAGAAGAAAGUUUUGGACGCAUUUUUCUACAUUUAAACAUCUCGAAAGAGACUGAAUUGGCCUGAAUUCAGAAUUGAUUAUUUGUCAUUAUCUAAUCCAAAAGUCUUCACAGAUCCCAGUGUCUUAAAUGUGAAUAUGUGUUGGUUUUCUUGGUCUUACCUUUGGGUUUUGGACUGUUGGUCAACAGAAUGCAAUACUUAGCAAGCCUUGAUCACUAGAAAUUUGCAAUGGGCAUUUUUCUAUUACUAUUUUCUGAUAUUUUAUAAACUGAGGGUUAUUAAACAGCAAUACAUCAACAACAGUUUAAAUGAUAGUGUAAAUAUUGUUCAGUUCAAUCCCUAAAACACAGACACCUUUCUUGUCUAUUGAAUAUAGUACCUGUACUCUUUGUAAGUAUUUCUAAAUUUACUAAAGAUAAAAAAGAAGUUUCAAGAUGCUUCUCGUAUAUCUGUAAAUAUUACGUUUUGUUCUAUUCAUGAGCAUUGAUGGUAACAUUUUCCCUCAGCUAAAAGUAGUUUGCAAUUUUUUCAGAUAAUUCUGACAAUAUUUUCCUCUUACUUUUAUAAUUUAUUUCCAAUACUCUUUGUAAUUGAACAUUUUGUGAGUGACACGUCUGUUGACUUUUAUAUAAUUUGGAUUUUUGUAAAAUAUUUCUAACUCUUGUAUUUAGGCCCUUUGUCAUAAUGCCUAAGACCUGCCUAAAAUGAAUGCACCAGACACUCACGCAGACAGUGAGAACUACAUAUUAAGUAAGUAUUGUGACUGUUGACAUAUCGUGUCUUUACACAGUAUUUUAUUAACGUGCUGCAAAUACCUAUUUUUUAUUAAAUGAUUUAUCCCUUCUCUUUAUCAUAGAAGAACGACAAAAAUAAGUUAUGCGCAUGAGAGUAUGAUGAAAAGGAAUUGUCCAAAUUGACCUUGUAAGACAAUACAAACAUGUAAAAUAAAGUCCUUUAUUAUUGA